UGAUUUAUUUGACGCUUAAUUCACUUUCAUUUUCAUUCUUUGUGCUGACUAACUGUGACUUCUCGUCGUGUCGUCGAUAACAACUGGAUCCCAUCUUCUCUUUUCAACCAAAAUCCCACGGUAUCCAGUGGAUAAGACAUUAAAGCGUGUUUUUUCUGCAAACAGCUUUGAUAAAGUUUGGCAAGACAAAUCGAAACGAUAAUUCGCAAACGAUGACUUCCUUAGACAUGAGCCCCGCGUCUAAGAAACAGGUGGAUGGAUUCUCCCAAAAAAUCACCAAGGAGGCCGAACAGUUGAUCUCAAACUUCUUCCCUGAGAAGAUUGCAGAGAUGGACAACAUCUUACAGGGUUCCUGUAGUCUGAAAGAUCUGUCAAUCAUCAGGGCUCCUCUGGACAUCCCAAUCCCAGACCCUGCCAAAGAGGAGCUCAAGAGGAAGAAGAAAGAGGAGAAAGAGGCCAAAGAGGGAAAGAAGGAUGGAGAUAAAGAUAAAGAUAAAGAUAAAGAGGAUGAAGGUCCUCCCUGUGGUCCCAUCGCCUGCAAUGAGACAGUAGAGAAACUCCUCAAACAGAUCAAGCCUGAGAUUCAGACUCUGAAGGAGUGUCUUAACACGGUGUCAAUGUGGAUACAACUACAGAUUCCCAGAAUUGAAGAUGGGAACAACUUUGGAGUUGCCGUACAGGAAAAAGUUUUUGAACUGCUUACCAACACCCGCACCAAGAUCGAGGGAUUCCAGACACAGAUUUCCAAAUACUACAGUGAGAGAGGAGAUGCUGUAGCCAAGGCUUCCAAACAGCCACAUGUGGGAGAUUUCAGACAGCUUGUCCAUGAACUGGAUCAGCACCAGUACUGUGAGUUACGCAUCAUAGUCCUGGAGAUUCGCAACACUUAUGCUGUGAUGUAUGAUGUCAUCAUCAAGAACUGUGACAAGAUUAAGAAGCCCAGAGGAGACUUGUCUUCAAAAGCACUUAUCUACUGAGUACCGCAGCCGAUCUGCACUGACAAGACACACAAACACACAUUUGCUGAAAAGUAAAAACAUGUCCUAUUGAGUUUCACAUCCACAGUCACAGUGCAUUGACUUAAGCUUCAAUUACAUCAACAGAACCUACUGUAGUACAGUUUUUACUCAAUAAAGACUUUAAAUGUGG